AUGAAGCUCUACGCGCUGCUGGGCCUGCUUGGCUUGUCGACUUUUGCUGCCGCUGGCGGCUCCGAGUCGCUGUCUCAGAGCUACGAUACGAAUGACUACUAUGUCCUCCAUCUCGAGCGAGACGCCUCCCCUGACGAGGUGGCCCUGCGACUGGGAAUGGUCCACAAGGGUCCGUUAGGGGAGCUGCAGGACCAUCACAUGUUCGCGUCCCGCAAGGAGGCGCAUGAUGUCGUCAAGAGAGAGAUCCACGAGAGGAAACGGAGGAAACGUCAAAUAGGCUUCCGCGACGUCCUCGACGGAGUCCUCUUUUCACAGAAGCAGGCUCUGCGCCAGCCGUGGGAGAAGAGGAUCAUCCCCCGUCGCCCUCAGAACAUGGUGAACCCCCCAACCGAUGAGCAGGAAGGCCCGGAUGCGCAGGCGGUGGAGAAGCAGACCAGAGUCAUCGACACCCUCGACAUCAGGGAUCCCAUAUUUCCCCUGCAGUGGCAUCUUUUCAACCCCGUUCAAGUCGGCCACGACGUCAACGUCACCGAUGUCUGGCUGCAGGGCGUUACCGGAAAGAACGCCACCGUCGCAAUCGUAGAUGAUGGUCUCGAUAUGUACAGCAACGAUCUCAAGGACAACUUUUAUGCACAGGGCUCGUACGAUUUCAAUGAGAAGACCGAGGAGCCAAAACCCAGGCUGGCCGACGAUAGGCACGGCACACGCUGCGCCGGUGAGGUGUCAGCUGUCAGGAACAACGUCUGCGGUGUUGGCGUCGCCUAUGACUCCAAGAUUGCUGGCAUCCGGAUCCUGUCCAAACCCAUCUCGGACGCCGACGAAGCCCUAGCUAUGAACUACGACUUCCAAAACAACCAGAUUUACUCUUGCUCUUGGGGCCCGCCUGACGAUGGUAAGAGCAUGGAUGCACCCGGCAUUCUUAUCAGGAGGGCCAUGCUGAACGCCGUACAAAACGGCCGCGGCGGGCUCGGCUCCAUCUACGUUUUCGCUAGUGGAAACGGCGCUCUGAACGAGGACAAUUGCAACUUUGACGGAUAUACAAACAGCAUCUACAGCAUCACUGUUGGUGCGGUUGACCGGAAGGGAAAACACCCCUACUAUUCCGAGAAAUGCUCCGCUAGCUUGGUCGUGACCUACUCCAGCGGAAGCAACGAUGCAAUCCGAACUACUGACGUCGGACCCAAUAACUGCGCCGACCAGCAUGGAGGCACAUCGGCUGCGGCUCCUCUCGCGGCUGGUAUCUUUGCUCUCGUGCUGCAAGUUCGCCCGGAUCUCUCCUGGAGAGACAUGCAGUACCUGGCCUUGAUGACCGCGGUUCCCAUCAACCUGGACUCUGGCGACUGGCAAGAGACUAAGAUUGGCAAGAAGUAUAGCCACACGUUCGCCUACGGCAAGAUCGAUUCCUACGGCAUUGUCGAGGCGGCCAAGACCUGGAAGAAGGUCAAGCCCCAGGCAUGGCUCUUCUCUCCCUGGAUUCAUGUCAAUGAGGCCAUUCCCCAAGGCGAGACCGGUAUCUCUGUCAGCUUCGACGUGAACCCCGACAUGCUCAAGGAGGCCAACUUGGAGCGCAUCGAGCAUGUCACCGUGACCAUGAACGUAGCUCAUACCCGCCGUGGCGACCUCAGCGUCGACCUCGUCAGCCCCAACAAGGUCGUCAGCCAUCUUUCCGCGACUCGCAAGAACGACGAGGCUACCACCGGCUAUGAGGACUGGACCUUCAUGAGUGUCGUCCACUGGGGCGAGAGCGGUCUCGGCACCUGGACCGUUGUCGUCCGCGACACCGUCGAGAACGAGCACACGGGCAACUUUACCGACUUCCACAUCAAGCUCUGGGGCGAGGCUCGCGACGCGGAGAAGGCCACCCUCCUGCCCAUGCCCAACGAGGACGACGACAAGGACCACGCCUCCAUCAUCUCCACCACCACCACGGCGGCCGCCACCUCGGCCACCGUCAAGCCCGACCCAGAGGUCACAAAGCCCGUCGUCGAGCCCGGCGUCACGCCCACGGACCAGCCCACGCGGCCCGUCAAGCCGACCACGACCCCGGCCGACGGCGCGCCCGCGGCCGCCGAGACGUCGGCGGCGCCGACGAGCUCCUCGUGGCUGCCGUCCUUCCUGCCCACGUUUGGCGUCUCGUCGCGUACCCAGAUCUGGAUCUACGGCGCGCUCGGCCUCAUCGUCGCCUUCUGCUGCGGCCUCGGCGUCUACCUGUACAUCGCGCGCCGGCGCCGCCUGCGCAACAGCCCGCGCGACGACUACGAGUUUGAGCUGCUCGACGAGGAGGAGGCCGAGGGCCUGACGGGCGGCGCCGGCGAGAAGGUCCGCGGCGCCGUGGGUCGCGGCGGGGCCGGCGGGCGCAAGGCCAAGCGGGGCGGCGAGCUGUACGAUGCCUUUGCGGGCGGCAGCGACGACGAGGACGAGGACGAGGACGACGAUGGGUUUGCUGCCGGCGGCGCGGCCGGCUAUACCGACCGCAGCGGGUCGGACGAGAGGGUCAACGAGAAGAGCAGGAGGAGGAGAAGUGGUGACUCGGCACGAGGGAGCCGGGAGGAGGACGACGAGGAGGAGGAAGAAGAGCAGCACGUCAUUGGGGCCGACUCGGAUGACGAUGAGGGCAGUGAGGAUGGACAGGAUCGGGGCCUGGUAGGGCGGUGA